AUGUCCAGCACCCGCGCUGAGCUAAUGGCCAUCCUAGAUUAUUUGGAGUGGGCCCUCACAACUGAGCCUCAAACUGACCCUGUUCACCAUUAUGUGCACACACACUUCCAAGCUGCCCAUCGGGCAUGUGCUAAUGGUAUUUACACAGAUCCCGUACUGCAGGAGAUCCGGCACCAGGCACGCCUGCUCCGCGAAUGCAAUCGCGAUGUUACCAUCCACUGGGCCCCUGCGCACUGCGGCAUCCCCGGAAACGAGAAGGCUCAUAGACUGGCGCGCGCUCAUCUCUCUACCGUGCAAGCCAGAGCCUCCGAUACUCCUUAUCCUCUCCUAGCUACCACACCUGAGGUAGCAGACCCGAUGGCAGACAAGCAUGCGACCAAACAACGACGUGCCGCCUACCUCGCAGCAGUGGGCAAUCCACUCUCUAUACCAUCGCUUCCAUCGAAGAUAUUCACACGGCAAGAGUCAGUCUUGCUUCGAAGAAUUCAGACAAGCACCCUCCUUACUCCUCACUUGUUGAACCGUUUCCACAGGGGUGGCACACCACCGCCCGUAAGUGGGUUCUCUUCCACGUGCACAUGUCGGGCUGAUCUCAACCACCAUUGUUGGGAGUGCCCCCUCUACAUCCCACCAAGGCUUCGUGCUCUGGCCACCAUACAACGGGGACCCUGGCCUUCUUUUCUCCCGACUUGGGCUUGCCCGGAUACCACGUCUCCGGACCAUGCCAUCGAGCUCUGGCGAGCACUGCUGUUGUUCCUCCAGGACGCUGCUGCACCGCCCGUCGGUGAUCGGCUCCGCGACAGCCACAAGCGUCAUGCGGCCCCCACUUAG